AUGUUAUCUCAUAAGCGCAUUGCAAUGGCUUAUACAUAUUACUCUCCGCCUCCACCUACUAUGCCGUUGAAUAAUCCGAAACCGCCACCUCCGACGGUGGCAGUUCCUAUAACCCCACCUCCAAAUUUAACACCUCCCGGAGGUGGUAAUAAUAUGUCACCUUCAAACCCACCCACACCACCACUAUUUCCUUUGCCUCCUUCAUCAAGUUCAAAUCCUGGAUCAACCAAUGCUCCUCCUUCACCACCACAAACUCCGAGUUCACCACCAAACUCUUCUAGAAGUCCUAUUUCACCUCCACAAUUUCCGAGUUCACCACCAAACUCGUCCAAAAGUCCUACUUCACCUCCACAAACUCCGAGUUCAACACCAAACUCUUCUAGAAGUCCUAUUUCACCUCCACAAAUUCCGAGUUCACCACCAAACUCUUCCAAAAGUCCUCUUUCACCCCCACAAACUCCAAGUUCACCACCAAACUCUUCCAAAAGUCCCAUUUCACCUCCACAAGCUCCGAGUUCACCACCGAACUCUUCCAAAAGUCCCAUUUCACCUCCACAAACUCCGAGUUCACCACCCAACAGUUCCAAGAUUCCACCCUCACCAACUUCUUCACCAUCACAUGCCUCGCAAUCUCCAACUUCUUCUCCAGGAGUACCAUCAUAUUCUAUGCCACCAAAAAACUCACAAUCACCAAGGUUAGCACCUUCAUCACCAGAUGGUGGUAAAGUUCCAACACCCUCUCCAUCGACCGCCUAUUCAAAACUAAGUCCACCUCCUUCAGCAUUAACACCACUUCCCACACCAACUUUUCCUUCAAGUACCUUUCCUCCUCCACCAUCAAGUCAUAGUAUUGAUGUUGCCCCACCUUCAGGGGGAGGCGGAAAACACACUACAAUUAUCGCAGUAGGUGUAUCAAUCGGGGGUUUUUUCUUCAUAGCAUUUGCUAUUGCUCUCUUUUGCUUUUAUAAGAAGAAAAAGAAGCGUAUCAUGGUUCCAGCAGCAGCUUCUUGUUGA